GAGGCAUUGAGAGGACACAGCUGUCAGCACCUGUGAUUCACACUUUCUGACACACACACGCACGUCGAUAUUUCCGGAUACAUGUGUGGGUUCUCCCGGUGGGUUGUGAUGCAGGUGUGGGUGCUGGUGGGCUGCUGCUCCGCGGCUACACACGGUCUUGCCUGGCUCUUCACACCCACAUACCAAGACGUCCCCGGGCGACACAACACCCGUGAUCUUAACAACGCCCACACGCCCGUCCAGCCUUACAACCCAUACCAAGACCUGCGUCUGUGUAUGAACGACCGCGUGUGUGCGCGUGGUGAGUUCUGCGACGCACACUACGGAGUGUGUCGCCAGCGGGUGCCCGAGGGUGCAGCUUGCCGCCGCGACAGCAUGUGUGAACGUGGCAUGGACUGCAUGUUUGGCACGUGUGAGGCGCGAGUGCCUCGCGGUGGCGAAGGCGCGAGGUGCCGCAGGGAGCGCGACUGCGACCCAGGGAUGUGUUGCGCCCGCCGCCAGGGGCAGCAAGUGUGCCAGCGCCUCCUGCAGCAGGGGGACAAGUGCUACGUGCCCGAGGGAGGCCCCGACUACGCUAUCAACGAGCGGUGUCCCUGCCAGACUGGACUCAUCUGCAAGUACACCAGCCCUGACCCGCCUCCCAACGAUCCUGGCAUCGCCUUCUGGGCCGCCUACGAGAAUAUGAAGUGCGUCCCACCGUCCCACACCCCGCGUCUGCGCUCCUGAAGGAUGCACCCCUGGGACACCACAGUCUUGGCAGCGCCUCCGCUAGAGGAGUGACCCACACCGUGUCAUGGUGUUUUCCCCGAUGUUGGCAGUGCUAACAGGUCACUGUGGUGUAGCCACCACCAACAGGAAGGUCACAGUUGUGGUGUGUCACAAAUGGGUUUCCUCAUCCCUGUUAAUUUCUAGUCACUGUGUGUAUACAGGUAUACAUAUGUAUACAAGUAUACAUAUGAUCAAAUAAUAAAUAUGUGUUUAUAUACAAGAAUGUGU